AUGUCUCCUAGGAGAAUGGCUUCCCUACUGUCUUUCGCCCUCUUAGGUCUCGGCACAUUAUCCUCACCUCUCCCUGGUCCUGCCCUUCCUCUUUCAGCCAGAACAGUAGCUCAACUUUCAACAGUCCCAACCUGGCUGGAAAACAUUGCCGUCCGGCCAAAUGGCGAUUUACUCGUCACCCAACUAGCUCCAAUCCCCAUACUUUAUACCAUCCAGAAUCCGGCCUCAGGCAACGCAACCCUAGAACCCAUCCACGAAUUCCGUGCCACCAACGUCACCGAUCUCCUUGGAAUCACAGAAACAGUCCCAGACACAUACGCCAUCAUCGCUGGAAACGCUACAACCAACUCGACUGGUUACGCCGGUACCUGGUCCGUUUGGCAAGCCACCUUCGUCUCUCCGAUUAUCUCCACGCCCACAGUCCACAAAAUCGCCAACGUACCUCAGGCAAAACUACUGAACGGCGCCGCCGCACUGCCGUCCGAUCCUUCGAUUGUCAUAAUAGUAGAUUCUCAAUACGGCCUUCUCUUCCGUCUCGACACGAAGACUGGGACAAGCGAUAUCAUCGCCGAUGGACCAGAAUUCAAGCCUUACCCGGACCUGCACAAUGCCACGGUGGGAUUCGGUGCCAAUGGUAUCAAGAUACGCGAUGGGUGGGUGUACUUCAGUAAUUCGGAUCUCAUUGCCAUAUACCGCGUUCCCAUCACUUCAAGAGGGUACAUACCGCGUAGCCCCAAGGGGAGUGUGGAACUAUACGCCAAUCUAACUGCGGUGGCCGACUUUGUAGAUGACUUCACGUUUGGUCCGGAUGGCACGUUGUGGGCCGUGAGUAACUACGAGAACACAGUUAUUGCUGUGAGUCCAGGUGGGAAGAAGAUGGAGGUGGUGGCAGGUGCAAAAGGGUUAGUGACGUUCGCAGGGGACACCGCGGCAGCGUUUGGGAGAACAGACAGGGAUUGGGAUGUGCUAUACGUGAGCACUGCUGGAGGUUUGGCGAUGCCUGUCAAUGGGAGUGUUGUGGUGCCAGGGAGCAUCGUCGCGGUUGAUACCAAGGGGUACGCGUGUUAG